AUGGAGGUCCUACGGCACCACAGCAAAGGCAUUCUCCUAUCCGAAGUCCGAGCAGAGCACGGCGUCGGAGCCGAGGACGACCCAGGCGCGGGCGCUCACGCCACGCGGCGAGAGUAUACCGGUGCCUCUAAAAAGCAACAGGAGGGUGAACAAUGGCCACUGUUCACACGCUCUAGCAAAGCGCAUCUGCUCUCAGUUGUCCCCUCUUGGUUCGUCGUCCUCGUCGAGAUUGAUGCCCGAGAUGCUCAUUUUCCCUAUAUUUACUGCAAAUCAAGGAAGAAUGAAUAA